AUGGGACCCGGCCAGAUGCCCACCCCAGAGCAGAUCCAGAUGAUGCAGCGACAGCUCGCCAUGGAGGCCCAGAAGGCCGGCAUGAGCGUGCCUGAUUUCGUUGAGCACCUCAAGAAGCAAGCUCGCGAACAGCAGAUGAGGAUGCAGCAGGCGGCUCAGCAGCAGCGCGCUGCCGGCGGCGGCCUGGCGGUCCGGGUCCCCAGCCUGGCCCCCGGGUCAAGGCCGCCCCCAAGGCCAACCUCAACCCAUUACACCUGGUCCCCGAACCCCAAGGCUCUCGCCUUGGCAAAAUUCCUCAAGAGCCAAGAUCUCAAACCCAGAACUUGUAUUCUUAACGGCGAGCGCAAAGACAUGUUCAAAGUCCCCGCCUACGAAAAGGCGCGAAAGAAGAACCCGCUUCUCCCCGAAAUCACCGACCGCGCCUCUCUUGAGAACACCUUUAAGCUCCUUCCCAUGUCCAUGCUUGCUCUCCGCGUCACCAAGACCGACCCUCACGAGGGCCACAACCAUGCCAAGAAGCCUAAGCGCGUCAAGGGCCUCUGGACGGUCAAGAUUGAGCCUCAGCAGGAUGCUCAGGAAGAAAUGUACUACGCCUGGCUGUGGGAGGGUGCGCAGAUUAAGCGACAGGUUUAUGCCGUGCUGGCCCUCAUCCUCAUCUUCCUCAUUGUGCUUUAUCCUCUGUGGCCCGUCAAGUUGCGACAGGGAGUGUACUAUCUAAGCUGGGGCUUCCUGGGUUUGCUCGGCCUGUUCUUCCUCAUGGCUAUCUUCCGUGUUAUCCUCUUCUGUGUCACAUACUUUGCCGUCGCGCCCGGCCUGUGGCUAUACCCCAAUCUCUGGGAAGACGUUUCUUUUAUGGACAGUUUCCGCCCCGUGUGGGCCUGGCAUGAGACCGAGCCUCAAAAGAAGAAGAAGAAGAAGUCCAAGUCGGCCACCCAAGGACUAGGAAAUGCCGAGGCGCAAUCCCAAAUCAGCGCCGCGGCUGGCCACGCGCCUCCCGCCACCGCCACGACUACGGCCACCGACACUCAGAUCAAGACCGAGCCCAGGCAACGCUCCUAUGUGGCGCCCAAGGUUGAGGAGCUCGCUGAAUAA